AUGGAAAUGAAGAAAAGGUGUACCAAUUUCACAAGAGAUGAAGUGGAAGUUUUAAUGUGUUUGGUAGAGGAACAUAAAGAAAUCAUAGAAUGCAAGAAAACUGAUGCUGUAACAUGCAAUUCUAAAGACACCGAGUGGCGCAAAAUAGAGUUGAAAUUCAACACUAUUUGUGGCACAGGAAGAACUGCAAAAAUGUUACGUAGUAAAUGGGACUCUUUAAAGAAAAGUGUAAAAAAGGAAUAUGCAGAGCACAAGCAACAUUUAUAUAAAACUGGUGGUGGGCCUUCUGUAGAUAUGAAGCUUAGUGGUAUCGGCAAUAGGGUGUUGGCUGUAAUUGGUAUAGGGGCAACGGGGAUAGUGUCUCCAUAUGAUUCUGAUUUUGGAUUUUUAACAGCUGAAGGAAUAUCUACCAUGGAAGCCAACGAUACUUCUACUAGUGAAACACCAGCCAUUGUUACAAGCCGUAAUAUAGAAAUUGGUACCUCUGAAUCAGCUGAUAGUUCACUGAUCAAUAAUGGUAACGUCGAAGUAAUACAAAUUCCUAACUCCAACUGGAAUUCUUGGAAUCCCGCACAACUGCGGCAGCCAAAGAACAAAGUCCUGCAGAUUCCAAGUUCGUCAGCAGCUGCAGGUUUAAGAUUACAACUUUUCAUAAAGUAG